AAAUUUAUGUCGAAGAUCUUACUGAUCGAUAAUAUAUGUAAUAUUAGCAAUCCCUGUUUUGAUCUUCUAUCUAUUUUGCACCAUAGACAAACCGACACUCUUUACAAUAAUUUCUUUGAAAUUAAACAGUGUGGAGAUACAGAGUGCUUAUAAUAGUUAUACUAGAGUGUAUACUCUCCCGUAGACUCAAAUAUAUUCAAUUUAAGGUGACAAAGCGCCCUCAACAAUGAAAUUAAUCAAAGUUUGUGAAUACAGCCUUAAGGUUUUGGGAGAGAAUGUAUUUAUCACAAAUUGUAUGAACAAUCUUCACAUUAAGUAUAAACAAGUGUGCAAAACGCAACACCUGUAAAUGUAUGCCAAGAUGUAUAUUUAAUUUGUGAUUAAAAAUAUUUUAAUUAAUUAAUUAAAUCCAUUAUAUACUUAUUCUCAUUUCAAUAUUGAGAUUGCCUUCUUUUCAAAUUAUUAUAAGGUUUUAUUCAAAUCUUUAAGAAGAUUGAUAUAUAAAAUUAAUAGCAGGAAAUCAAUUAUAAAUUUUAUAUAAAAAUAUCAAAAAUUAUGA